AUGGAUCAUUGGGGCGACCCUUGGGCAGACAACAAUGCCGACGACCAAAAGUCCCCGACGAAGAACGAGGUGACCGCACCACAGCCGCCUGCACUCGCUCCCGCACCAGUGCUAUUGAACGGUUUUCUGGAUGAUGCUGGAUGGGGCAAUGAGGACGAGAGUUUUGGAGACUGGACUACGUCGUCUGAGCAAGAUACAACUGUCGCUAUACCUACGGAGACGCGCAUAGCUGAGCCGAGUCCGCUGAAGAAUGGGCAUGCGAUUGAAGAUGGUCCGCGAUGGGGUAUAGAAGAGAAGCAUGGAGAUAACCUGUCGCUGGAAGGAGACACGUGGGCUGCACAGACGGAGGACACUUCUGAUGCGGACAACGUAGCUUCGGAUAUUUCGGACACGUCGACCACGGUACAGCUGGAUAAGGCUUCUGAUCAAGCUCCAGUCGCUCCUUCGAAUCGAUUACAGCCCGAAGACGACUCUUCUGCACGACCUUCUACGUCCCCGUCUGAAGCGAGUCGUCACGAGGCACCUCCCGAGUCGCCGCGAACCUCAUUCGAGGAAGAGGCUGUAGAUAAGAAACAGACUGCAGAAGCAACAGAACCCGAGAAGGAGGUCCAGUCGCAAAUAAUGAAUGAUGAGAACAGCGAAGCCGAGGUCGAAAGCUCGAGCAACGAUAGUGCAGACGAGGAGUUUGGAACCUCCACAGAGGAUACUCUAUUGACAGAAGCUCCGUCUGGUCACUCAAAGAUUACACAAGACGCUGCGGGUGAUACAAAAGAGGUCUUAUUAGAGCGCUCUACGUCUCGCCCUGGUUCGCCUGCAGCCUCCUCGAGUGCUGCCGCCGCUGCUGCCUCGCAUAACGCUGGUGCAUACGAACUCGACAAAACACUUCUUGACGAACUCUUUCCUCCUGAUGCUGCUGCAAAGGAGCCAGAAGAGGCUCCAGACGACCCGGUAUAUUCAACGUCUGGGCGCAAAGCUUGGUACAGGUUGACGCGCAAGCAAACCAUGAGAGAAUUCAAUAGCGGGAACGGGGACGACAACUAUAUUCGGGUCACAUGGGCGGGUUCUGAGGUCAGAUUGGAAGUAAACAAGACGGUAGCUAGAUGGGCUCGCGAGGACCGUCUUUCUGGCACUGGGCCAGGGGCUAGAGCUUCGUUCUACUGGGACACACCAGCACCUCCAGAACCUCUAAACCCAAGAGGACAUUUGCGUACGAAGACGUCCGUUCCCACACCGCGAGCAAUCGAAGCUGCACCGGCAAGACAAAGCCUUCCUCCUGUGUCCGCCGACACUCCAAUCGCUUUCAACUGGAGUUCCACGACAACCACAACAGACCUUUGGAAGCAGGACAGUCCUAGCCUGCGCUCCAUGUCUCCACCUGUCGUGUCGAAGCCUACAGCUGUAGUCAAUGCCCAGACACAGGAGCUUCGUGCAGUUUCGAUCGACCUUGCACGCGACGUUGGGGUUACACGAGGGCAAACGUCGACUGAAACGCCGGCUGUCGCAACGAAAGCAAUCGCACCUCCUGCGCCAACCACAACCUUAGCAAGUCCUUGGGAAGAGCCCAGUACUCCUGACACCAACACUCUCAAUCAAGAACAACGUGCCGAUGUGUCUACAGAUGAUGACGAUGAUUGGGGUGAGAUGAUAUCAAGCCCUACAGUGUCUACUCCACCUUCAGCCUUCCCAAGUUCGAUACCAGCGACGCUCAACAGCACUGUGUCAACUUCUACGCCACUUCCAACGACUCCACCGACCCAGGAUCGUUCAGCUGACGCAAUGCAUAUCGUGCGCCUACGAAGCACCAUAUCGCCUACGUCGGCGAUCUUUGGUCCGAAAAGUUUUGUUCCAUUCAAUGCUGAACAAGGGCCUAUUGGACCUGGACGCUUGAGACCUGCUAAGCGGUCUACCACUGUCACACCCGAAAAGACCCAGAUCGAUGUCUCGUCGAAGCCAGUUCGAGAGACUAUUCAACAGGACCAAGUCCAAGUUGAUACAUCACCAGUACAUGACACGCCCGAUGGGAAUGAAGUUGUUUCCAGUGAAGUCAAGAUUGCGGAGUCUAAUGACACGCAAGACGACGAUUUCUCUGCAUUCGCAUCUAGUACCUUAGAACCAGUACCCGUCCGGCCGAGCACGCCGCCUGCAUUCUCGGCGAUGCCAAAUGAGUCUACUGUAGAUGCAUGGGCUGAUGCUGAUUUCUCUUUCUUUGAACCUGCACCAUCGUCAAGAGCGCCUGCGCAGACCACGCGCGACACAUCAGAUCCUCUCUCGGUUUUCGAAACUCCUCCAAGGCCUUCCAGUGUCGCGUCUUCAGCGAAAACUUUCACACGAUCUUCACCCCCACGGAAUGUAACUCCCCCAUCGAUUCAACCGCUGACUGGAGCUACGAACUCUGCGCAACGAAGGAAGAACGAGGAAGAGCAGAUAAUCCAAAAUAUUGUAGCAGGGCUACCGGACUUGAGUUACAUGCUACGUUGA